AUGGCCGCUUACCAACUUCGCAUCUAUACCAUCAACCGGGGCAUGAUGGACUCGUGGCUUGGCGUGUUCAACGGACACAUCCGCCCGCUGCACGAACGCCUGGGCAUUCCGGUGGUAUCGAGCUACGUCAAUGCCGACCGCACGGAGUUCAUCUGGGUGCGCCGGUUUGACAGCGCCGACGAUAUCGCCUCCAAGGAGGCCGCGUACUUUGCGUCGCCGGAGCGUUCGGCUCUGGGAGACCGACCCACCAGCCACAUCGCCAAGAUGGAAGUUCGGGUGAUGGACGGCGUGGAGGCCACGGCCGGCGUCGCGUAA